GGAUGCAGUUAACACCGUUCUGCCUCAUGCUGUCCUGUCUUCGGGUCAGCCCUGACAGGUCUCAGUUCUUCAGGUACGACUCCAUCUCUCUGAGCUGCGAGCAUCAGUUGAACUCCACCGGUUGGAAGGUGAAGAGGAAAACGACAGUGGGUGGGGUCAGAUCCUGCUCCUCCGGCUGGGGCUCCGCAUCCUCCCGCUCCACCUGCAUCAUCGGAAACACCUACCCGUCUGACAGCGGGGUGUACUGGUGUGAGUCUGAAGAUGGAGAGAGGAGCAACAGCGUCAACAUCACCAUCACCGAUCGUACUGUGAUCCUGGAGAGUCCGGUCCUCCCCGUGUCGGAGGGAGCUGCUGUGAUUCUGCGCUGCAAAGCUGAGACGAACUCCCCCGACCACAUGUUUAAUUACUACAAAGACGGCCGUUCCAUCAGCAGCAACUCCACAGGAGAGAUGAUCAUUCACAGCGUGUUGAAAUCUGAUGAAGGACUCUACAAGUGCAGCAUCACCGGAGGUGGAGAAUCCAUAGGCAGCUGGUUGGCUGUUGACGGUUCUCUUCCACCUUCAUCUUCAGCUCCGUCAGCUUCCUCUUCAAAUUCUGAUCACAGACUGAUGUGUCACCUGGUGGUGGGAACUCCGUACCUGCUGUCUACCAUCUUACUGGGACUCAUAUACAAAGACAGGAAGAGAGCAGCUCGGACGGUUACAGAGAGCAGAGGCAGCAACAGUGUCGUCAUGGAAAUAGUUGUGUAGUCCUGCAAACUGAUGAAAGCGGCAAAGCAAUUCUGCGUCAUGUGACCCUCCACCGCAGGAUGUCCUGGGGAUCCAGUAUACCACCAGCGUUCAGAUGAAUUCUCUGCAGAAUUUAACCGAUAGCAUCAAAGGAGCUGCCAGAGCUUUGUGACUUCUCACUGAACAUGUCAUGACUACUGGAUCCUGGCUGAAAAAAAUCAUGUUUGAUAUGUUACCUUUCAAAUUCAAGCUAGACUUCUUUAAAAACUGAUCUGAAACAAACAUCAACCAUUUGCGGCUUCAAGAAAUCCAACCACGCAUAAA